CCUUCCCCCGCCCGUCGCCGGGUCCCGCUCGGUGUCUGGCGGCGGCGGUGGCAGCGGCUGAGGCGAGGCCGCCUCGACUGGGGGGCCGCUUGGACGCCGGGAGGAGCCGCCCUGCCCCGUGGGGCCGCCCCCGCCCCGGGGCUGCCCGGCCCCCGCCCGCCCGCGGGGCCGCAGGAGAUUCAGUUUUGGAGGCGUGUGGAGGCUCUUACCACUUGCCUGAGGAUAUUGGAACUAGAUACCAGGGGCUGGUUCUCCUUUCAGGUUAGUCCGCCAUGGCAGACCAGAGGCAACGCUCGCUCUCAACCUCUGGAGAAUCCUUGUACCACGUGCUGGGCUUGGACAAGAACGCCACUUCAGAUGAUAUCAAAAAGUCCUACAGGAAACUUGCGUUGAAAUAUCAUCCUGAUAAAAACCCUGAUAAUCCAGAGGCAGCAGAAAAGUUUAAAGAGAUCAAUAAUGCACACGCGAUAUUGACCGAUGCCACAAAGCGAAACAUUUAUGAUAAGUAUGGGUCUCUGGGUCUCUAUGUAGCAGAGCAGUUCGGUGAAGAAAAUGUGAACACGUACUUCGUGCUGUCCAGCUGGUGGGCGAAGGCCUUGUUUGCGCUCUGCGGGAUCAUCACGGGCUGCUACUGCUGCUGCUGCCUCUGCUGCUGCUGUAACUGCUGCUGCGGGAAGUGUAAACCCAAACCUCCCGAGGGCGAAGAGCAGGAGUACUACGUCUCUCCAGAGGAUUUGGAGGCACAGUUGCAGUCAGAUGAAAGGGAGGCCUCAGACGCACCUAUUGUGAUACAGCCAGCAUCAGCCACAGAGACGACCCAGCUCACAGCUGACUCGCACCCCAGCUACCACACCGAUGGAUUUAAUUAAGUUAAGGAAACACUGUCAUUAGAACGGAUUAAAAAAAAAAUACAUGGCCAACUCAACACUAGAAUCAUGAACAUUAGAAGUAGAGAAUGGGGAGGGGGAAUAAUUCUGCCACAGUAAGAAGGCAGCUUUCCAACCUGCCGACAAUAUUUUGUAAUCCCUUCAGCCUUUUGUCACCUUUCAGUGUCGUAUCUUGACGAUACGUGAAGUGCUGUAGCAUGCAGUAUUUAAAGCAGUUUAGCUACGGUCUUAUUUGUUUCCUUUUUUUUUUGUUCCCCUAUUUUUUUAUAGCAUGUAUGAAGUUACAUUAAAUGUCUGUGGUGUAACGUAUUGAGUUGUCACAAUAUAAGUGUGAUGGAGACAUUCUGCAUUUUAAGCAGUGGUACUGGCCUAAAAAUGAGAUCCAAAAAGUUUCACAGAAGCCACCGUUGUUCUUACAGCUGAGCUGUUGGAGACCUUUAAAAGUUCAUGAUUUUCAUUUGAGUGCAACAAACCAGUUCUUUUAUUCCUCCUUCUAUUCCUGCAUUGUUAUCUAAGCAAGUUUACAAAGCCAAAAACCAAAAACUGCCAGUCCUGCAGAGCUGGCGUUGUCUCUAAUGCUAGUUUGCAGCUUAAGUAAAUCUACCUUGACAAAGGGAGAGUUUCCAAUCUUUGAACAGAGAAUUGAUGAACAGCUCUUUACGUGUGACAGUGUAACCGCAAACUGCAGUUUGCCGCAAAACCAACGGUGAACGGGCUCGUUUGGUUGUGACGGUGGGAUUGUAACGUCGAGCACAAUUCCGCUUUGGUUUGAGUUCAGUCAUUUUCCUGAAAUGCUAAAGACCAAAUAGUGCAGCUUUUUUUGAAUGUGCAAGAGUCUCAAGUCAAACUGCGUAACUGGUUUUCACUGAGCGAGUAAAAUGCAGACAGCUGGCAACAGCCAAAAUGCCAAAAAUAUACUGAUUUUAAAAAAUUUGUUCUAAGAAUUCGAGGUUCUAAUAGACAAAUGGGGUAUUACAUGUCUGUUUUUAAAGCUUUUAUGGUACACUAGCCCUUUACUUUUCUCAUGACCUUGUUUGCGGAGUACUUAAAUGGAAUUUUAAGAGCAAAACACCUUUGUGUUUAUAUUGUAUAAUUUGCACAUUGUCUUGCACUUAGACUUGUUUACACCAGUGUUUUUCUUUUCCUUCAGAACAACUAUGGGAAAGGUUUCCUGUACUACUCUGAAACCAAAUCAUGUUCAAACACUGCUCUGGAGACUGUGGUUUGUUGAGAUGUAACUGUUAAAAACGCGUUUUAGGCAGCUGCUGGUACAUUUUGUUGUUAAUAAUCUUGCUUUGGAUGGUGCAAAGUCAGGAUCUAGAACAGCUACCAGAGAACCUACACUCGGUACUUUGAGCAGUUAAUUGCAGCCUACUUGAGUUUGAUCUUUAUGGUUUUAUAUCGCAUCGCCUCUACUGUCCUUUGUAUCUUUUCACCUAUUUUUGGUGAGGCUAUUUGCAGCUCCCACCCGGUGUUUGCUUUGAAGGUAAAUCACUGUUGAUCUGUGAGGAAACCGUAGGAAAAUGAAGGGGACUCUGCCAGAGAACCGCUCUGAAUCUGUUUUCACGCUAUUUUUGCAUGAGCUGGAAAUGAUGGAGCGCAUAAAAUCGGACAUGAAACCGUGUUAAACGUGCUGGGUAGAAGAAAAUGUUUUGAACUCAAUGAGAAGUGAGGGGUGUUGGUAAAAUCAGAUCUCCCUGUAGCUGUCGGUACCAGCACUCGUUCGGUGCCUGCACGUGAGCUCAUUGCAAAUGAGCUUGUGAAACCUCCUCAGGUCCCAGAAAUUUAAACAGAAAUGUUACUUUUUCAGUUAAAUCACUUCUUCCUCAUCAAUCGUCCUUUUAGACCUGGGACUUGGUGGUUUAGUGGAAGAUGCUUUUUUAACCUUUUCUGUCUGGAAAAGUCUCUUGGGUGGCUUGAGGACAGUCGUGUGUGAUUUGGUGCGAGGUCCUUAUUUAAUUAAAGUGUUUGUUUGACCCCUUGGAAUAAAAAGCAAUUUUUAGGCAUAAAAAAAAUAGCGUCAUGUUGGCAGAUUCUGCCUGGAGCCUGUUGGUGAUGUUGAAUUGCACCCUGGAAUAUGCUCGAAUGUCUGGGUUUUCUCCCCAUAAAACUCCCUGGUUAAAAUUGCCCUUACCUGCGCAAAUUAUCUGCUUGGUAAAAAGAAAUACAAUAAGUAUUAGGGGAUUAUUUUUUUGGCUUUGUAAAUGAGCGCAGUUGAUCGGGGGACUUGGUGGGAUGAGGAAGAGGCCGUUUCCCUUGUGCUGUCGUUUGUCGUUCCUGUGUCCCUGUGUGCAGCUGGACGGGUGACACAAAGCCGCUUGUUUCGGGUGUUGCUCCACUGCUGAGCAGCUGUGACCCCCCUGAUGCUGGUUGUCUGUCUUAAGUUUGGAAUAAUAAUCUUAUUUCUUAACCCCUCUGGGCUACUUCAACUGAACUAGAAAGGUUGUGACUCCGGGGAUGCCCCGACAUCGGAAUGGAAGGCGGACGCGGAUUAGAGAUGGCACUGUUGUCUGUGUUUUUAUCAAGGGUAAAUUUGCUGGUUUAGUUCUUGGCUUAGCAAGGCGUGAGUUUGAGCCAGACUGCUCUCGUCGCUGUGUCUGCGGGUGUGUGUGAGCAGUAAGUGACUCCGUGCUCUGUUACGUGCCAGAGCCGCGUGUUGGGUGCGACGAGGGAAACUACGCUGAGAUCCCAGUACAGGAAUGACGGGAAAACGCUUUGUUAGGUGAAUGUUCAUGGGGAUUGAAAGUCUUAGAGUUUUUCCAUGUCACUCUAGAAUCUCUGAAUUUAAGAUCGUGUAUUAAUGUGUUUUUUCUUGCACUAUAUAAGAAGGCAGUUUCAACGUUGCUUCUUUAAACCAAAACCUGUGUAGUUGACAGACAAGCAGCUUGUUGCCCGCGUAUUUUGUGCUCUCGUGGGGAAGGCACAGGAGUGUCCCGCGAUAACGUGUGUUGCGCUUGGAAAUGACCAAGUCGAACCCUAGCGAACGCGAAGCUGUGUUGGAAACGAUGGUUGAACCUGUGGAGGUCGGCGAGCAGCCCUGAGCACGGCCUGACCUGCAGAAUGUUUCCUUCCGCACUCGAACCUCGGCCCCGUCGCUCUCUGUUCAGUGUGUUGCCAGAAUUAAAACUUGAGCUUUCAGUUUUUUUCUUAGUUUCUUACAAUUUCUAUCACUUUUUUACUGGUUGCCUGAGAACACCUCCAUCCAGCCCAUCGAGCCUCUUCAGCACCACUUUCCUUGGCACUCGCAGCUUCUCCUGGCGGGGAGGAUCCGAUCUGGAGAGCUUCUGGCUGCUGUCAGUGGCCACUGGCUCCGUUCCCGAGCUGGUCGGUCCCUCGGGAGCCGUGGCAGGAGGAGAUGCUGGUGCUGGACCCCUCGUCCUCCUGGGGAUGGAGGAAUCCCCGAGCACUGUCGUACAUACAGCCAGUUGUCCGCUUCACUCCCAGUGAAGGAAGGGGCGUUGCACCCUGUAAAUGCCAGUUUCAUUUUGUUAGUGCUGUUUGUAGGAAAUUCUUAAAUAUUUAUCUGUAUAUAAAUGGGUUUAUGUCAACCUCAGUGGCGUCUGAUAGGGUCUAGAUCUCUGCCGGUCCCACGCAGUGAUGUUUUAGGACCAUGUUACCUUUUCAGUCUUAUUUUUAUAUUUGUAAUAUUUUUAAACUGCUUUAGAUAUUAGUGCUCAUGGUGUUGUUAAAAUGUGAUGCUGUUGGAGGUUGGGGUGAGCAGAAGGACCCGCUGAGGAGGGGGAAGGCUCGAGCAGGACAGAGAAAUAGGGAGGUGGAGGGAAUUGGGUUUUCAGACCCUUUUGUGUCACCCUGUGAAUGCUAAAGGAGUCACCAGGGCAGGAGCCUGACAGCAGUGACAUUCCUGUCCCCAAAGCGGUUGUGUCAUCUGGUGUGGAGGGACACCCGUGUGCUUUGGGGGGUUAUAUCAGAGCAUUUCUUGCACUCCUUGAGAGAGGGACCCGCUUUUCUCAACUAGUUUGUGCCCUUUGUCUGUCCGGUGCCCUUUGGUGUUCUUGGCAUUUCCAGAUAAUUCAGGAAAUGUGGUUAUGCUGCAGGUUUUUCCCACCCGAUGCAUCUGGAUGUCGGCGUCAUGUUUAACAGGAGACCCAUGCGAGGAGGUCAGGGUGGCAUUUGCCUCCUCCAGCCCCUGCCUUGCGUUAAUAAUUCUGGAUGCUGUUUAAAUCUGCAUUAAUCUUAGAGCACUGAAACGUCCUCCCUGCCUCAGUACAGGUGUUCAUAGCAUCAGGUCGGUAUAAACUUAACACGCUUAAUCAUUCGAUGCCGCUUCUCUGUAUCAUAGUGGAAAUCAUCUAGUUUGUAGCUGUAUCAUUACACCAACAACUGCUUAAAAUAUCUGGAGAGAAACAUAACCGGUAGCUAACCAAGUGCAGGACAUCUCGGUGUUCGGGUCCUGCGAGCACCGAGCUCUGUGCCGGGCUGGGCGGCCGACGUGUCGUCCGGACUCAGCAAGACCGAAAUCCGUGUUUCCGUGGAGGAAGACGCUCUCUAUACCAGAAGAAACCGUGUGAGGGAAGCUGUGUGUGGCGUUGGCACGUGCCAGGUGCCAUAAAUCUGGAGGACGAACCUUUGUUUGGAAAUCCAGUGCCAGCAUUACAUGCACAGUUGAUUUUGCUGUUCAAAGGGCAGCUGCUGGGAAUUUCUGGUGGUUUUAUAUAUAUGUAUAUGUGUAGAAGAAGCUCUUGUACAAAACGGCCAUUCAUUUCCCAGUGCUGGUGUCUUGUCCCUGUCCCCACAGCCAGCUGUGGGGUUCACUCCAGUCUGGCAGGGGUUGCUUGUUGUACCUUUCCAAAAAUGUUGCCAUUAUUCGAAUUGUGCGAGCUGGGCUGUCCCUGCUCUGCUUUCCUCCGCAGCAGGACCAGGGUUUUCUCUGGAGAAAUGGGGUUUGCAUGGGCUGGUCCGUGGGGUGUUUGACAGGCGGUUGAUGCGCUCAUCGCUAGAGGUGGAUCAGAGCACGUAGAUUUGGGUUUUUCUUUUCCCGAUAGUAGUUCUCACCACGUUGUGCUCUCCAAAGCGGGACUCGGUGAGCUCCCAGAGCCAGCUCCCGACCCGCACUGUGGCUUUGGGGUGCAACGUCGUGUGUGUUUGUAUGUAUAUAUGCACAUAUGUAUAUAUUUAUACAACAGGUGUGCACCUCGUACUUGCUGCUGUUUUUCCUUCGGUGGCAAAACCAUGAAGUGUGGCUCCAAGUACUGCUAUGAAUUCCCAGCCAGACAAGCGGGACGUGUGAGUUUUGUGUGUCCAGGAUUGUGCCGCUUCCUUUCAGCUGCAGGAAAAACCCCAACGGCAUCUGUCAGGUUAAAUCACUGAUGGCAGAAAGGGUGGGAGGAUCCUGUUGUAUAAAGGAGUGGGCAGUAGAGGUGGAAAUGCUGUUGGGAAAGGAAAAGUGACCGAGCUCUGCCCUCCUCGCGCCAGUGAGGUGGCGCUUAAAUGGUGUGUCCUGUUUGCACGACCCGGUGACUCAAUUUACAGCGUUUGCAGGUCAGAUUCAUAAGGAGUUGGAGUUACUACGAGUCAUAAAGCUGAAGUUAGGCAGGAUCUGUGUACAGGCACAGGGGACAUGUAAGUACCACCAAACCGUGUCUGGUUGCCCCGGGCAGAGCCUCCUCAGGCCUUUCACCCAAAACACGGGCUUUUGUGCUUCACGGCAGAAAUGUGGCAGUACUGGGGGAUUCCUUUGUCGCUGACACGUCUAAGUUGUGUUUGUGUCCGUCACGGUAGACGGACUCUGAGGUUUGCCAAGUUCCAAACGCUUGACGUUUCCUCUCCGGGACGCUGAUCACCGUCAUUCCGUCCUUCUGUCCUUCCGCCUGUCCCCGCCUUCCUGGGGCUGGGUGGGUUGUGUUAUCGCAGACAUCCAAGGCGGUUUAUAUUCAUUUUGCAUGUGAGCAAGGCCCUGAACUCAGUAAUUCGUGGCGGGGUUUGGUUGCGUUGGCCUCUGUACGAAGCCUUUGGGAGCUGCGGGCGCCGGGAGGGAACCGCGUUUUGCAUUUGCACUGUACUGCAACUCGGGGUGGGGGGUGAAACAAAAGUUAAAAAAAAGAAACCACAAUUGAAGUAUAAAUGCAUCUGAAAAGCAAUUAUAAUAUAGACAUAUAUAUAUUUUGUUAUGUUACUAAAGGACCAUACUUUGAAUUGUAUGUAAGUAGAUGUGGCUGUCUGAACUCUGUGGAUUGUAACACUCGAUACUACUGAGCUCCUGUACAUACACGCAGUUAGGGCAGAAGGAAUUAUUUUAUGUUUUAGCAUGGUAAUUUGUGUCUUGUAUGUCUGAAUAUAAACUAAAAUAAAGAUUGCUAAGUUAUCUGAAACCACUGUUGUAAAAUAAAUGUUUUCAACGCAGAAA